GCUGCCGCAUCUGUGAAAAAUAUCUUCUUACCUUACAGAUUUAUUCACGAAGUAGUUGAGUGCAUGUAUGCCUCUGUCAGUUUUCCCAACAACGUUAUACUUUACUUAAUGACACAUUAAUCAUUUUGUCAGACAGUUGUCAAGCCAGAGCUGCAACAGUCCUGGCCACAGAGCGCUCAAUAAAUUGAAGAAGUCAUCGUUGGAUUAAGAAAAUGUACACAAUUUAAGUGAGAGGAUUCUUCUAUUUUUUAGAGAAAAUUUCAAAUUAUGUGAAGUAUUUAGCAUUUAAACGCAUUUAUAUUAUAGGUAUCAAUUAACUUGGGAGGUAAAAGAAAUUGAGGUCUGAUGUCUUCACAGUCUUUAUUGAAAUAUUAUUUACUAAAAAUACAGAAAUAAUUUCCAACCAUUUUUCUGCACUUAACCUAAUUGUUGCAAUUUACAGUUAAAUGCAACAAUUUUAUGCAAUUAUCACAGCUAACGAGAGGUGCGACCUUUCAGCACCUCGAACAGCACUCUCAAUCUAAUAUAAAAGGAUGUCUAUAACUGUGUCAGUCAGUAUUUUUAUUUGAAUAACGAACUUGAAAUAAGCAUAAUAAAAAAGCAGUAUAAUGGAGAAAUAUAAGAAUCUUCCGUUAUAUUCAGUAAAUGUGAAAAUUUUUCUGCAACUGGGACUCAUUGGAGCAUCCACCAGGACAAGGCAGAUACUCUUGGCCUUGGUGCCAGUGUUUACCUAUUUGGGCCAGAUUCUGAAUUUAUUUAAGACGUCGGGCGGCGAUAUCGGUGAGACGGGCAUGAAUUUCUACAUGAUGGCGCAACUAACACACUGCUUGGUUAGAUUUCUUAUGGUGGUGCGUAACAAUGAGAGAUUUGUGCAAUUUUUGCAAUGCAUCGACCGCUGGUAUAAAGAUAUUGAGCAAAAUAGCGAUCCUGAAGUAGUCCACAUGCUGCAGGACGUCACCACACACGCUCAGAAGUUGACACGCAUUGGCUUCUACACCGCCACCAUAGGCGCUUUAUGCUCCUAUAUCUAUCCUUUUUCAUUCGAAGAACGUAAAUUCAUACUGGAUAUUCAUUACCUUUUCUUUGACGCCAAACAAUCACCGUUCUACGAAUUCUUCUUUCUUCUACAAGCGUUGGUAUUUGUGCCGACAUUCGUUUUCGUUUAUCUGCCAUUCUCGAAUCUGUUACUUAUCUCACUCAAGUUCGGCGAGGUGAUUUUAAUGGAUCUAUGCGUAAAGUUGAGAAACAUCAGUAAUCAGAAUGAGGUCACCCAGCUGCGACAGUUUAAGGAAUGCAUUUGGUAUCACGAGAGAAUUAUUACUUUUCGCAAUGAUCUCGAGUAUUUGAUUUCAAUCGAUGGAUUCUUCCAUGUUGCGCUCUUUAGUUUGAUGCUCUGUAUGCUGCUUUUCUUUCUCUCAUUGGUACAAGAUUACCGGCAAAUAUUAUCGGCUUUGGCCUUUAUCAGCUUCAACUUUUAUGUUAUCGGCAUAACCUAUUAUUAUGCAAACAAUUUCUCAAAUGAGAGUUUGAAAAUUGCUAACGCCGCCUACGAUACGCCAUGGUAUGAGGGAAAUUCGGAAUUGCGGAAAUGUGUACAAAUUAUGAUUGCCAGAAGCCAAAGGCCAUUGGAACUUAAAUCCGGUGGACUGUAUCCUAUGACCUUGGAGAACUUCCAAGCCAUUUUGCGCAUGUCAUACUCCUACUUUUCGAUGUUGCAAGGCUUCAGUCAGCAGUAACUUGUGAAAAUAUUUGAAUUGGAGUAAAAGCUGUAGCACAGCAUUUGAUAUUAUAUUCUAUUGCGCUUGAGCAUAGAACACUGCUUGCUUUAACAUAUUAAACAUCAAAUUAUAAUUCGCUUAGUAUGGUUCGCUUUGUUCAAUAAAAUUUUUUUGCUAUG